AUGCCAACUCCUGCUGAAAUCAUUGCUGCUCGUCUUAACAGAGAUCAGCCAGUAUCUGCUGAAUCAGAAGGAUACCAAGAAGAUGUCGAAGAAAAAGAAACUCCAACGAAAACAAAACCUUCAAUUUCUGAUGAAUCUGCUUUUCCAACCUUAGGUGGAGGUAAUAAACCUAAAACCAUUGCUCCUAGUCCUCAAACCUCUUGGGGUCCAAGUAUGAAAACGCCAUCUAGCGUUAGCCCAAUUUCUGGAACUGCUUCUCCUUCUCCUGCUCCAAGGCAAGCUACUACCAAAUCUAAGGUAUCUACUAUCCAAGAAGCAUUCUCCCUUGAUGUAGAAGAUCAAUUGAACGUUACACGUCCUGAAUUUAUCAAGAUUUUGACUUAUGUUAAACAAGAAACUAAGACUAAUAUUGAAUGUACUACUUCUCAACACACUAAAAAGAGAACUUUCUUGAUUACUGGUAAACCCGAAGAGGUUAAAUUGGCUAAAAGAUUGGUUAUUAAGAAAUUAACUAAACCAGUUAAGAUUUCAUUUUCUGUUCCUGCUAAAUUGAGAUCAAGAAUUAUUGGUCAAGGUGGUAAGAAUUUAAAACCAAUCAUUCAAGCUAAUGAAGUUAAGAUUGAAAUUGGUGACACCGAAGAAGUAGAUUCCGAACUUGAAGACAAUGAAGACGAUCACGAUGCUGAAGAUGACAUCUUUGCAAAGACAAUUUUAGUGACAAUUGAUGGUGAUGUUGAAGGUUCUAAACGUGCUAAAAAUCAAAUUUUAGCUAUUGUAAAAGAAGAAACCAAAAAUUUAUCAACUAAGAUCCAAGUAGAUGAAAAAGUCAAACCAUUUGCCCAGCAUGAAUUAAAACCUAUUGUCAACAAAUACUCCACUCUUGACUUUUCAAUUCCUGAUUAUAAGUCAUCUAGAACUAGUAUUGUCGUUGUUGGUGAACGUGAAUUGGUUCUUGAGGCAAAAUCUGAAAUUAAAUCUGCCUUGGAAAACUUCGAUAAAAAGAUUGUAGUUGAAGAAGUUCCAAUUCCAAAGAUCAAACAUCAAUUCUUACCAAUCGAUGAAAUCUUAAACGAAAUCAAUGUUUUGAUUCAGUUACCAAAGGAAGGUGAAACUAAUGUCAAGUUUAUUGGUGAAAAGAAGAAGAUCCCAUUAGCUCAAGAACAAGCAAGGAAGACUACCUCUCAAUACAAGAUUGAAGUCUUAGACAUGUCUAAGGCUCAUAGAGGUAAUUUAAAGCAUGUUAAAGCCGUUGCUGCUCAUUUGAACCAAAAUGGUACCUUUAAGGAAAUUGCUCAAGCCAAUGACGUAAAGAUCAAUGUUCCUGAUUUUAAAUCAUUAAGUAACCCUACUUUAGCUAAUAUUCCUAUUGAAAUUGUUUCCAAAGAAGAUGAUGAAAAGAUCAAGAUUGCCAAGAAAUCGAUUGUUAACCAUGUUAAUAGAAUCACUCCUGAUCAAACUAAAUUAAUUGAAGAUAUUGAUGAUUUCUUAUUAAGCAGAGUCGAAGGAACCAUUAAGGAUGUUGCUAAGGCUGAAGGAGUCAGCUAUGUGAUUUUAGGUAAACAAAUUACUUUGUUCUCUAACAAAGUUGAACAAGAAGAUGCCGAAGAUUUUGAUGAAAUUGCCAAUGCUGAAGAUUCUUUCAAGAAAGUUGACAAAUCUUUAAAUACUUUAAGAGAAUUAGCCGCCACUUUAGAGACCAGUAUUCUUACUGUUGACUCCAAGGAUCAACAACAAGUUUCAGGUCCAAGGGGUACUACUUUAAGAUCUAUCUUGAAUGGUGUUGAACCUAAUUCAGUUAUCGUUAAAUUGCAUUCCAACGGUGUUGAACAUUCUGAAAAUGAAAUCUUUAUUCGUGGUAUCAAGGCAUCUGUUUCACAUGUAAAGAAAGACAUCGAAUCUGUCAUUGCCGAUGCCCAAGAGUAUCAAGAUGGAUACACUACCACUGUCCAAGUUCCAACAACUGUUCUUUCUAGAUUGAUCGGUAAGAGUGGUGCUUAUUUAAAUUCGCUUAAAGAAGAAUUUGGCGCUAGAGUUGAAGUUCCACUUGAAAAGGAAGAAGUUAAGGAUAAAAAUGCCAAAACUGAAGUUACUAUUACAGGUAUUAAGAGAAAUGUCGAAGAAACUAAACAAAAAGUCUUGGCAGUUGCUAAGAAAUGGGCGGAUGAAACUUUGGUUAGAUUAAGAAUUGAGCAUCCAUUCCAUAGAAGAAUGAUUGGUCCUCAAGGUGUUUACAUCAAUCGUUUACAAGAUAAAUACAACGUCAAGAUUAGAUUCCCAUCUGCUGACCCAUCUGCUUCUUCCCAAUUUUCUGAUGCACCUAAAUCCAAGGAUGAAGUCACAAUCAAGGGUCCAUCUAAGGGUGUAGCUAAGGCUGAAGAAGAAUUAAUUGAUUUAUAUCAAUUCGAAAAGGAAAAUGGAUUCAAACAAAUUGUUCAAAUUCCAGUUAAGGCAGUUGCUAGAGUGAUUGGUAAAGCUGGUGAAACCAUUAAUGAUAUUGCCGAUGGUACUGGUGUUGAAUAUAAGUUCAAGCGUGAUCAAGAAGAAGAUCAAUCGAAAGGAUAUGCCGAAGUUGAAUUAACUGGUUCUAAAUCCGCACUUAAGGAAGCAAGCAAGAAGAUUCAAGAAAUUGUUGACGAAAUUGAAAACUUCGUUUCUGUUACUAUUAAAGUCGAUCCAGCUUAUCAUCGUGAUUUGAUUGGACAAGGUGGUUCAGUUAUGAAGGACAUUAUUUCUAAAGCUGGUGGUGAUCAAGUCCCAAGAAAUAAACAGUAUAAAUUAUUAAACAUUCCAAAUGAAGGUUCAGGUAGUGAUGAAGUUACUUCUCAAGGUGAUAAAUCUAUUGUUGAAAAGAUUGUAGAACAAAUCAAGAAGAUUAUUGCUGAUAAGGAAGCUGCAGUUUCUGAAGAAAUCGAUAUUCCAAAGGAAAAGCAUAGAUUAAUUAUUGGUCCAAGUGGUUCUAUUCGUCAUGCUAUUCAAGAUGAAUUCGGUGUUAGUUUAGAAAUUCCUAGACCAAAUGAUAAAUCUUCAAUUAUAAAGGUAGUUGGUUUACCAGAAAAGAUCGCUGCUGCCAAAAGUAAGAUCGAAGAAUUAACCAAGGAUGACUGGAAAGUUUCUGUUGAUGUACCAGCCGCUUAUCACGGUUUAGUUAGUGAAAAAGGAGCAAUUUUCAAAAAAUUGAAAUCUGAUUACAACGUUGAAGUCACUCAUGGCAAUUAUACCAGACAAGCCGCCAAAUUAUCAAAUGCACCAAUUCCUGCUGCACCACAAGAAGCUUAUCCAACCGAAAGUGUCAAGUUCAAAUUCACAAUUGUUGAGCAUGAAGAAGCCAAAGAAAAUGACAUUGUUAUUCCAUGGAGAUUGAAAGGUAGUGAAGAAAACACAGCUAAAGUUGCAAAGAUAAUCGAAGAAAGAUUAGAAAAUGCGAAGAACGCCAAAUAUGCCGGAUGGUUCUAUGCAUCACAACCAUCUAUCUUUUCUAAAAUCAUUGGCCCUCAAGGGUCUAAGGUGAAUCAAAUUAGAAAGGAUUCCAACACAUUUAUUUCAAUUCCAAGAGCCAGUGACAGGGAAGCUAAGUUUAUCUACUUGGUUGGUUCUGAAGAUAAUUUGAAUACUGCAAAGAAAUUAAUUGAAGGUUUAUUGUAA